CCCAACCGGCCUCGGGCGUGGGUCGGUCGGGGAAGGAGAGCCCAGCUAUCCCUCAUACCGUACAGCAGUAGCAGCAGCAACGGCAGCGACACACGGACGACCGAGAGGGCGAGUGUGACCUCCCUCCGCCCGGCGGGCGGGGAGCCCAGCUCACACGCACAGCCUCCCCCCCGCUGCCCGCCCCCUUCCCUCGCCGGGACUCGCCUCCCUCCUGCAGCCCAGCCCCAGCCAGCUCCGCGUCUACGCCGCCGCCUGCUCUGGCCGGGCCAGGUCAGAGACGGAGCAUGGAACCUGGGGAGCCCCGGGAGCCCCAGGAGCCCCGCGAGCCCGGGCCAGGAGCGGAGACCGCUGCGGCCCCGGUCUGGGAGGAAGCCAAGAUUUUCUACGACAACCUCGCGCCCAAGAAGAAACCCAAAUCGCCCAAGCCUCAGAAUGCAGUCACCAUCGCUGUGUCCUCCCGAGCCUUGUUUCGCAUGGACGAGGAGCAGCGGAUCUAUACGGAGCAGGGCGUGGAGGAGUACGUGCGCUACCAGCUGGAACAUGAGAACGAGCCCUUCAGCCCCGGGCCAGCCUUCCCUUUCGUGAAGGCUCUGGAGGCCGUGAACAGGCGGCUGCGGGAGCUGUACCCCGAUAGUGAGGAUGUCUUCGACAUCGUCCUCAUGACAAACAACCAUGCUCAAGUGGGUGUCCGCCUCAUCAACAGUAUCAACCACUAUGAUCUGUUCAUCGAGAGGUUCUGCAUGACAGGUGGGAACAGCCCGAUCUGCUACCUCAAGGCCUAUCACACCAACCUCUACUUGUCAGCCGACGCGGAAAAAGUGCGAGAAGCCAUUGAUGAGGGGAUCGCAGCUGCCACCAUCUUCAGCCCCAGCAGGGACGUGGUUGUGUCCCAGAGUCAGCUGCGCGUGGCCUUCGAUGGGGACGCUGUGCUCUUCUCGGACGAGUCGGAGCGCAUCGUCAAGGCCCACGGGCUGGACCGAUUCUUCGAGCAUGAGAAGGCCCACGAGAACAAACCUCUGGCUCAGGGCCCCUUAAAGGGCUUUCUAGAGGCACUGGGUAGGUUGCAGAAGAAGUUCUACUCCAAAGGCCUGCGGCUGGAGUGCCCAAUUCGUACCUACUUGGUGACAGCACGCAGUGCAGCCAGUUCCGGGGCCCGGGCUCUCAAGACCCUGCGCAGCUGGGGCCUGGAGACAGAUGAAGCCUUGUUCCUCGCUGGAGCGCCCAAGGGCCCCCUCCUCGAGAAGAUCCGCCCACACAUCUUCUUUGAUGACCAGAUGUUCCAUGUGGCUGGGGCUCAGGAGAUGGGCACUGUGGCUGCCCAUGUGCCUUAUGGUGUGGCACAGACACCCCGGCGGACUGCACCUGCAAAGCAGGCCCCAUCUGCACAGUAGCUGAACCACCAGCUUUACUGAUCCACAUCGCUCCAGGUUCCCUGACAUACUUCGACACCUCUGGUAGAUCCCUCUAGUUUCUCACUGUUCUGUCCUUCUGCCUGUCUGCCCUCAUCCCUAUGAGUGAUGUACUUGUAGGAAAUUAUGCAGACGGGACUGGCAUUCUCAACAUCUCUCCUUUGGGGCAAAUUCUGUGCCAUGAUCCUGAGUAGGACAGUAGGACUGUGCAGAGUAGCUGGAUUGCAGGGGGGAAGUUAAUGGGUCUGAGAAAGGGAGGGUCGGAGAAGCCAGGAUUUCUCAAAAGUGACUUAGGAUGAAAACUAGCUCAAUGUGGUGUAAAGAACACUGCUAUGGAAGAGAGUGGAUCUGGCUUCUAAGCUCUGUCCUGGUAUUAACUGCAUGACUUUGAGUAAUCCCUCCCCUUCAUGGGCCCCAGUUUCCCCACCUUUUGGGCGGUUUUCAAGCUCCUUUUUAGCCAAAGAAGCUUGGUUCUUUAAGAUCGCCCUCUUAGAAGGAAGCAUUCUGUGUCAGUGCUGCUGCUGGUAUGUAUGGCACCUUUGUGCAAAUUACAAAAGAACACUGCCUAGGCGAAUGAAGAACAAAAAGACAUCCCUUCCUCUGGCCUGACCCAGUCCCAUGCUGGGGUACGCAGUUUAGCAGGAUAGAGGCUGGAUUUCAGCCCCCAUGUGUCCCCUCAGCUCAGAGGCCUUUGUCAAAUGGACAAAAUGCAAAAUCGCCCCCAGCGACUCUAUCUAUAAUUUUACACAUUUUGAAACCACUGGACAAGAUGACCUAUCUGCUCCUGUGAUUCUCUAACGUGAAUGGUCAUCAGGGCUCAGCCCAGGAAGCAAGGGGAGUGAAUUGGACAUGCAUACAGACUCUCCUCCAGCCAGCAGGGGGCACUGCAGGCUCUUCCUGGGGAGGAGCAUUAGUAGUUGCCUGCUUAGUGUUUCCUUUGCUCUUGCUUUGAGCCAAAGUUCAGUUGCUCUUUCCUGCCAAGACCCUCACUUCCACCACCCUCACUCCCCCAGUUAUUGCAUCCUGUUGAGCAGCUCUGCUGGUGGGGAACGGGACAGAGCAUGGGUGUCUACUGUUGUGGCCCCAAUUCUAGGGGAAGAAAGUGCAGUGGCUGAGGUAGGUGGUUGUCCGGGCUGAGCCCCAGGGUGAGGUGCUGCCUGGGGUGAAGUGGGAAGUGUCAGGAGGUCUGGUGUGGGACAGAAGGUACUGAGACAGUGACGCUUGGAGAGGAAGGAGCUGAAAUGUGCACUAGCAAAAUUCUCCAGCUAUGGGAUUGUGAGUGGAAGGCCAGUCAGAGGCUGCCUUUGGAGGUAAUGAGCUCUCCAUCAGUGGAUGCUGAGCAAGGGCUUCCAGGAUGAGAUGACCUCCCCAUGAAAUGCAUCAGCGGAUCCUCCACAUUUGCAGGCGUCCCUGCGGCCCCUUCUUCACCACUUUCAGAGGAGAACUCUCACUGCUUGAUGAGUCAGCCUCCUCCUGUGCUGAGCAUCCCUGGCUCUCUCCGGAGGGAGGGUGGAAGCACCAAUGGCUGGUCCCUAGGAAGACAGAAGGCGUGAGCAGACAUCUGUGUGUGGGCUGAUUGCCAGGCUUCUAGGAGGAAUCCUAGUCAUGAGCAAGCGCUUUGUAAAGAAAACCACAAGUAUCAUGAGAGGGGCAGAAGCCUGGAGGUGUGGUGGCAGGAAAUAGGGGAGGAGAGCACCCUGGGGUUUUUGAUCUUUGUCCUUCUGGGGAUUCAGCUCAGGGUCUGAAUGGGCACAGGUUCUGUGCAGUGUGGGGCAGGGUAAGAGAUGCAGAAAGAUAUUUCAGGAAGGAGAACAAAGUGAGAAGGCACAGGUGGUUCUCAAAAUGAGCAACGAUUUGGGCCAGAAGAGAAAGGCUGGGCUGGGCUUUUGCUGUCAUUGUCAGAGGUCUCCAUGAGGCUGGUCCCAGGGAGGAAGGGUAUGGCUGUGUGGAGUGACUGGGACAGACACCCACAGUGACUGCUUUAUCAGGGGACACUGGCAUUAUUGCCCCUAGAAGGGCAUGUGAUAAUGUCUUUGCACAAGGUCAUUUCCACUGCACAGCCAGGAUCCUUCUGGCUAACAGAGGAGGCCUUGGGGCGGAAGACCCGGGUUGUGUCUCUACUUCCAGAGCUCCAAGCCUAGACAGAGGUACUGUGAGGGCCAAGAACAACCUCAAGGAAACAAAAAAGAAGUGAAGGAGGGAGCUCAGCCCCUGAGUCUCCUUUAUUCUUGGCUGAACCGCAGAAAGUCCCUCUCCUUCUCACUCCCAGGGGUCAGAAUCACCCCCGUGGAAGAGCCUCCAAGGCUCACAGAACCAGUGACUGCAAGAAGCCUACAAGGCCGGGCACAGCCCAGGCUCACAGCGUGGCAACAGGCUGCCUGACCGGGGUGGACCUGUGCACUGGGGAUGACACCAGAUGUCACCUAAUUAAGAUAAACUGCAGGGAUUCUGGGACCUGUGUGGUCUUGCCCCCAGGGCCUGGUGAUGAACACCACUGAUGAUUCCAUAUCUCUCAGGAAGCAGGAAAAUAUGAUGCUGGAAGCAGAAAGAUAAGGUGCAGUAAAAGCCAUGGAUUUCACUGGAGCCAUCAUUAAUAGACACAGACAGCCCUGGGCAAUGGAGAAACACUAAGAGUCUAAAUUCUAUUAUUGAAAUCACAAAUGAGCAUCUCAGGCCUGGAAAAAAGCUUUCAGUCACUGGAAUAAAAAGCCAGAAAUCUGAGGGGCAGUCUUAGGCAGCAGUUACACGGGCCUUCUGAUUGUCUUAGAGGUGAGGAGGUGCCCAGGGAUGAGGAACAUUGAGUGUUGUUCACCAGGAAAUUUAAAAGCCAGGUGAACACCAAAGUCCCAGGCCUAACCAGGGAAUGCAGUACUGAGGCGGAGCAGCCACGGCUUCUGUAACACUGGACCCCUUUAGCUGAGAGCACAACUUCCCCAACAAGCCCUGCAGAACACUGGUUCCAGGAGAUGCCUGCCAGCAAAAUCCCAGAGCCAAUGGGACUGCUGCUUAGCAGAAAAAUGGAAGCCCUGUUACUAAGCACUGAGACUGCUCAGCCAGUUGCAAAACAUCCCCCUCUCCUAUCUGAGAGCCCAAUCAGAGUAGUGGGGAUAUAUCAGAAUGUGCCAGAGAAAAAUAGAAACUAGCAAGAAGUUCAAAGCCAAGAUGGAUUUGGCAUUAUAAUGACACUCAAUUGGUGUGCACCAGUACAGCCAAACUGAUGACUAAAAUCUUGAAAUACCUCCAUAGCAGUUGGUAAAUAAUGCUGCGCUGAGUCCCCUGAAUGUCUCUUCGUGGCCUCAGCUGACCUUUCCACUGUGAGCGCUCCAUUUUCCCACAAUGCAGCCUCUAGGAGGCUGCAGCGGCACUAUGGCCGGUGUCUACUCUGUUUUGUGGUGUCCUGGCCAUGCUGGUUUAGGGAGGUAAAGUAACUUGCCCAAAGCCAUAGAGCUAGUAAGUGGCAGUGCUGGGACUCAAACUCAUGUCCAUCUGAUUCUAGGACCCAGGUUUUCAACCAUUUUGUCAUACUGCUCAUACAUAUGCAUGGAGAUAGCCAGAAAAGCUCCAUUCUGAGGUCUUCACUAAAGGAGUUUACUUAUCCGACACUUAACAUGUUGAUUUCCUGCAUGGUGAAAUGCUGGAAUACAUUUGAGUGGGUGCUUUUAUUAUAGCUUCCUAAACAGCUACAAAUAAUUUAAAUUAGAGCCAAACAUUUGUGAACCCCCAGAAGCACUUCCAAACAAUCCCAAGUUCUGUGAAGACCCCUGUUUUGGGCUAAUGCAGAGUUUGGCAAACUCUGGGCCCACGGGCCAAAUCUGACCCAUCACCUGUUUUUGUAAAGAAACUUUGACUGGGGCCAGGCACGGUGGCUCAUGCCUGUAAUC